ACCGGCCGCCAUUUUGUCGGCGCCCUGAGGCCGAGCGCUGCUCGCUGCCCGACCCGGGGCCGCCCCCCGGCCUACACCGCCCCCCUCACCCCCACAGCCCCACACCGGGAUGUGAGCGGCCCGGCCCGCUGCUCUCACCCGGCUGUAGCUCUAGUUGGAGCCGAAGGCGGCUCAUCCCGCUGGGUGCGGCCCAUCCGUGUCCGGUACAGGCCCCUCGGGCCGGCCCCAGCAGCACCAUGGCGUUGAAGAUGGUGAAGGGCAGCAUCGACCGAAUGUUCGAUAAGAACCUGCAGGAUUUGGUGAGGGGGAUCCGCAACCACAAGGAGGACGAGGCAAAAUACAUCUCCCAGUGCAUCGAUGAGAUCAAGCAGGAGCUGAAGCAGGAUAACAUUGCGGUGAAAGCAAACGCCGUCUGCAAGCUGACAUAUUUACAGAUGCUGGGCUAUGACAUCAGCUGGGCUGCUUUCAACAUUAUCGAAGUCAUGAGCGCAUCCAAGUUUACAUUCAAAAGGAUUGGAUACCUGGCUGCCUCUCAGUGCUUUCACGAAGGGACUGAUGUCAUUAUGUUGACUACCAAUCAAAUCCGCAAGGAUCUGAGUAGCCCUAACCAAUAUGAUACAGGAGUUGCACUGACUGGCUUGUCCUGUUUUGUUACUCCAGAUCUUGCCAGGGACUUGGCAAAUGACAUCAUGACCUUGAUGUCUCACACGAAGCCUUAUAUCAGGAAGAAGGCAGUGUUAAUCAUGUACAAAGUGUUUUUGAAAUACCCGGAGUCCCUCCGUCCUGCGUUUCCUCGCCUUAAAGAGAAACUUGAAGACCCAGAUCCUGGUGUGCAAUCUGCUGCAGUGAAUGUUAUUUGUGAGCUGGCUCGACGCAAUCCCAAGAACUACCUUUCCCUCGCUCCACUGUUCUUCAAGUUGAUGACGUCCUCGACCAAUAAUUGGGUUCUCAUUAAGAUUAUCAAACUGUUUGGUGCUCUUACUCCACUGGAACCCAGACUGGGGAAGAAACUGAUUGAGCCUCUGACCAACCUCAUACACAGCACCUCAGCCAUGUCUCUCUUAUACGAAUGUGUGAACACAGUAAUAGCAGUUCUGAUCUCUCUGUCCUCUGGGAUGCCCAACCACAGCGCCAGCAUCCAGCUUUGUGUACAGAAGUUAAGAAUAUUGAUCGAGGACUCUGACCAGAACUUGAAAUACCUGGGAUUGCUCGCCAUGUCCAAAAUCCUCAAAACACAUCCCAAGUCGGUUCAGUCUCACAAGGAUCUCAUUCUCCAGUGUCUGGAUGACAAAGAUGAGUCCAUCCGACUCAGAGCUUUGGACCUCCUCUAUGGCAUGGUAUCGAAGAAGAACUUGAUGGAGAUAGUGAAGAAACUGAUGAUCCACGUGGAUAAAGCAGAAGGGACGACGUAUCGGGAUGAGCUGCUGACUAAAAUCAUAGACAUCUGCAGUCAGUCCAAUUACCAAUACAUCACCAACUUUGAGUGGUACAUCAGCAUCCUGGUGGAACUGACACGGUUGGAAGGCACGCGGCACGGGCACCUCAUCGCAGCCCAGAUGUUGGAUGUGGCCAUCAGGGUGAAAGCCAUCCGUAAGUUUGCGGUCUCUCAGAUGGCAAUGCUGCUGGACAACGCUCAUCUCAUCGCCAGCAACACCCAGAGGAACGGGAUCUGCGAGGUGCUCUAUGCUGCUGCCUGGAUCUGUGGGGAGUUCUCUGAGCACCUGGAAGAAGCAAAUCAAACAUUGGAAGCGAUGCUGAGGCCUAAAGUUACUACUCUCCCAGGCCACAUCCAGGCAGUCUACGUGCAGAACAUGGUGAAGCUCUAUGCAUCCAUCCUGCAGCAGAAGGAGCAGGCGGGGGACAAGGAGGCAGCUCAGGAGAUCACCCAGCUGAUGAUCGAGCGUCUGCCUCAGUUUGUGCAGAGCGCGGAUCUGGAAGUUCAGGAGAGGGCUUCUUGUAUCCUGCAACUAAUAAAGUAUAUCCAGAAGCUACAAGCGAAAGAAGUGCCUGUAGCUGAGGAAGUGAUAGCCCUGUUUGCUGGUGAGCUGAACCCUGUGGCUCCAAAGGCCCAGAAGAAAGUCCCAGUUCCAGAGGGCCUGGACCUGGAUGCGUGGAUCAACGAACCUCCAUCAGACAGCGAGUCCGAAGAUGAAAAGCCCAAAACAAUCUUUCACGAUGAGGAGCAAAGGCAUUCCAAGCCCAGACAUCCAGAAAUGGAUGAAGAAGAACUGGCCAGGCGUCGAGAAGCCCGGAAACAAGAACAGGCAAACAACCCCUUUUAUAUUAAAAGCUCUCCUUCCCCACAGAAGCGUUACCAGGACACUCCAGGUGUGGAACACAUCCCUGUGGUCCAGAUCGACCUUUCUGUCCCCUUGAAAGUCCCAGGAAUGCCGAUGUCUGACCAGUACGUGAAACUGGAAGAAGAGCGGAGACACAAACAGAAACUGGAGAAGGACAAGAAAAAGAAGAAACAGAAAAAGGAAAAGAGAGGGAAACAUCACCGCCACAACUCACUGCACACAGAGAGCGAGGAGGACAUCGCUCCAGCCCAUCGUGUGGACAUCAUCACAGAGGAGAUGCCUGAGAACGCGUUGCCCAGUGAUGAGGAUGACAAGGAUCCCAAUGAUCCGUACAAGGCACUCGAUAUCGAUCUGGAUAAACCCUUGGCUGACAGUGAGAAACUGCCAGUGCAGAGACACAGGAAUGCUGAGGCCCCGAAGACACCAGACUCAGAAGUUCCACCCGUAGAGAAAAAAAGCAAGAAACCCAAAAAGAAGGAAAAGAAACACAAAGAAAAAGAGAAAGACAAAGGGAAGAAGAAGGAGAAAGAGAAAAAGGUAGUAGAGGAAGAAGAAGAGAAGAAGGAGGAAGACUUGGAUUUCUGGCUCUCCACGGCUCCACCGCCUGGUUCUGCUGCCCAGCCACAGAGCGGGCCCCAAGCGAGUGCUGCUGUUGUGUCUGAGCCUGAAGGGGUAAAAAAGGAAGAAAGGGAAGAGCAGCAGGAAGAAGAAGAGGAGGAUGAAGGGAAGAAAUCUUCCAAGCAUAAGAAGAAAAAGCACAAGAAAGAGAAAGAGGAGAAAUCAAAGGAUAAAAAGAAAUCCAAAAAGAAACAUCACCACAGCGAGGAGGAGAUGGCAGAGUCUGUGCAGAACGGAACGCUGGAUGAUGAGCCACUACCACCCAUGUCCAGCUACCGCCUCCUGGCUGAAAACCCCUACAUUAAAACGACCUACGACAUCCAAGGAAACCUGCAGAACGACAGCCAAGUGACCGUCUCUGUUAUCUUUGAGAACAAAAGCACGAGCUUCCUUAAGAGCAUGGAACUCAAUGUCCUGGACUCUCUCAACACUAAGAUGCUCCGACCAGAAGGAUCAUCAGUGCACGAUGGGAUUCCUGUGCCCUUCCAGCUGCCCCCUGGAGUCUCUAACGAAGCCCAGUUUGUGUUUACACUUCAGAGUAUUGUUAUGGCUCAGAAGUUAAAAGGAACGCUGGCCUUUAUAGUCAAAAACGAUGAAGGUUCAACCCAUGAAAAACUAGAUUUCAAAUUGCACUUCAGUUGCGCUUCAUACUUGAUCACGACGCCUUGCUAUAGUGAUGCUUUUGCCAAGCUCCUGGAAUCCGGAGAUCUGCACAUGAGUUCUAUUAAAGUAGAUGGAAUUAACGUUUCUUUCCAACAUCUCCUGGCAAAGAUUUGUUUUCAUCAUCAUUUUUCAGUUGUGGAACGUGUUGAUUCCUGUGCAUCCAUGUACAGCCGUUCGAUCCAAGGCCAUCACGUCUGCCUGCUGGUGAAAAAGGGAGAGAACUCUGUCUCCAUAGACGGGAAAUGCAGCGAUCCCACCCUGCUCAGCAACCUGUUGGACGAGAUGAAAGAGACAUUGUCCAAGUGCUGAACGUUCACACAGACCCCCCCGACCACCAGAAGCACCUCCUGUGUGACGACAGACAGACAGACAGACCCCCCCACGUGUUAAGGUUCCUCCCUGGUUCGCAUGUACUACCCCGGGGCUCGUGCUUUCCACUUCCCUCCUCCAUCGUUUGCGGUUCAGACAUUGAAGGCUGUGUUGUUACCUUUUUUUGUUUGGAGACUUUGUACAAACCAUGGUGUUAACCCUUUAUAGCCCAAAGAGAUCUGGGGGGGGGGGGGGGGGGGUUGCUAUUUAUUCAGCAGCUCACGGUGAUGCUGUGGCCGUUCCCAGCUGCAGUGAUGUGUUUGUCCGGCAGAGGCCGAUGCUGGACCCGACGGCCUCUUUUUGGUUGUUUUUUCCCCCUAAAUGUGAUUAUGAUGAUUAUUAUUAUCAGCUCACAAACCCCCUGAGCUGCGUGAGAAGGGGCUGUUGGUGGGACCCUGUUGGUAGUCGUUGCCGUGAGCCUUAACCUUGUGCUGGGGGUGGGGUUGGGGUGCUGCUGCUGUCUGCCCCCCCCCCCGCUGCCCCUGCUGAUGUUUCCGAGUCCGUUUCAAUUUCAUUCACAUUCCUGAUGGGAACUGGAAACCCAACGGGGCUGUUUUGCUGCUUGUAGUUCACCAUCAUCCCUCCCCGUUGUGUGGCUGCAGCUCCUCAGAGCAGCACUGCUGUGCUGGGGGAGGUGAGGAGCUCUAGUGGGGGGGUGUGGGAUCGAACCCCUUCUGCAUUAAAUCCUAUGGCCUGGGCAGGGCUGUUUCCUGUCCCUUACAGCCGUGUUUAACUGAUAUCCCCCACAGUAUCGUGCUUUUACUUUAACCCAGUUCCUGCAGUUGCUGCUCCACACGCAGCAAACAGAACGGUUCUGCUUUGAGUUGUGGGCUCAAACCCCCCCAUCACCCCCCAUCCCUCCCAGGGGCAGAGCUGAGCUGAGCUGGGGGCUGAGCACGGAGCAUCGCCUCCUCCCGGGGCUGACCUUGUGUUGGAUGCUGCCUCCUCCACUCUCCUCCCAGUCGUGGUUUGUGGCCGGGCUGUGUCUGUGCUGCAGGGGCAGCUCCGGGGCUGGCUCAGCCCAUUAUUGCAGGCUCAGCCCAUCAUUGCAGGCUGAGCUGAUCCCAUGUUCUCCUCACUCGGUGUCAGUUUGUUUUUUAUACCCAUGGAUGAAAGCCGUCACUUUAGCAUGUAGAGCCUCCGAUUACAGAACCCCCCGUGCGGUGAUUGCAGACCUUUGAAACCCGUAUGAUGUUGUUCCAUCCAUCACUUUAUUUGCUGUAUCGACAUUCCCUGGGGAAACAAAAAAGAACAAGAGAACGUUCCCACAAGCUGCUGUCAUUGGUUUCGUGUCCAGAUGAUCCAAUAAACUUUCAAAACCAA